CUCCUGGCGAAGAUGACGACGGAGGAGAAGGCGCGACAGCUCGUGCUCGACGACGCGAUCACCGUCGCGACGUAUGAUGGCGCGUUCAACGAAACGCUCGCCGCGGCGUACCUCGGCGGCCUCGGCGCCGGCGUGCUCAACUGGGGCCGCGACGUCGACCCGAACCUCGCGAACGCGAUCCAGGACGCGGUCGUCGCGGCGUCGCGCCACGGCAUCCCCGCGCUCUUCGCGGAGGAGUGCCAGCACGGCGUCCAGGGCGACCACCACACGAUCUUCCCGUCGCCGCCGGCCCUCGCGGCGACCUUCGACGUCGACCUGCUGCGCGCCGUCGGCGCCGUCGUGGGCGCGGAGGCGCGCGCGGGCGGCACGGCGCAGUGCUGGGCGCCCGUGUGCGGCCUCGCGCGCGAGCCGCGCUGGGGCCGCGGCGAGGAGGAGCUCGGCGAGGACGCCUACCUGGCCGGGGAGCUCGCCGGCGCCAUGGUCCGGGGCAUGACGGCCGACGGCCGCCUCGACUCGCCGAACGCGACGUCGCUCCUCAAGCACUUCGUCGCCUACUCCGUGCCGGAGGCGGGCCGCAACGAGGGCCCGGCGCACAUGGGGCCCCGCGAGCUCCGGGAGACGUACGCGCGGCCCUUCGCCAAGGCCGUCGCCGCGGGCGCGACGGGCGUCAUGUCGAGCUACAACGAGGUCGACGGCGUGCCCGUCAGCGGCGACGCGGGCUACCUCGAGGACCUGCUGCGGGGCGAGCUCGGCUUCGAGGGCUACGUGAGCUCGGACUUUGGCGCCAUCCACAACCUCCAGUCGCUCCACUACACCGCGGCCGACGGGCCCGAGGCCGUGCGGCAGUUCCUCGAGGCGGGCGGGAGCGUGAACGGCCACGACUACCACGCGGACUACGAGGCCAUCGUCGCCAACCUGACCGACAGCGGCCGCAUGGCGUCCGAGACGCUCGACCUCGCCGCGGGCCGCGUCCUCGCCGUGAAGCGGCGCCUCGGCCUCCUGCGAGACGUCGGCGGCGUCGCGGCGACGGGCGCGUACCGGACGGACCCGGCGCUCGUCGCGACGCGCCUCGGCGACGCGCCGUCGCACCGCGCCGUCGCCGCGCGCGCGGCCGCGGAGAGCGUCGUCCUGCUCGCGAACGACCGCGUCCUCCCGUUGGACGCGGACGCCCUCGCGGGCAAGAUCGUCGCCGUCGUCGGGCCCAACGGCGACGAGGCCCGCAUGGGCGACUACUCCGCCGCGGGCUGGUCUGGCGGCGCGCCGUCGGGCGGCGGCAACAUCGACACGUUCAACAUGAGCCACUCGUGGAACGACGGUCCCGCGGUCGCGCUCCUCUGGUCGCUCGCGGAAGACGACGACGACGACGAGCUCGCGAAAGCCAAACGCCUCAUGGACGCCGCGGACGCCGUCGUCGCCGUCGUCGGCGGCGCGAACAACCUGCGGGCGCCCGACGGCGGCAACGACUCGACGGAGGGCGAGGGCGUCGACCGCGCGUCGCUCGCGCUCACGGGCCGCCAGCGCGACCUCGUGGACGCCGCGCUCGCGUCGGCGUCAAAGUCGGGCGCGCCGCUCGCGGUCGUCCUCGUCGACGGCAAGCCGACGGCGGAGCCGCUGCUCAAGACGGCCCCGGCGGUGCUCGCGGCCUUCAACGGCGGCCAGGCCCAGGGCGACGCGAUCGCGGCCGUCCUCGUCGGCGCCGCGAACCCGUCGGGCCGGCUGCCGCUGUCGUUCCCGGCGUCCGCGGACGUGCUGCCCGUCUUCUACGACCGCAAGCCGUCGUCGGCGCGGAGCGGCUGGUGCGACGUGGCCGAGUCCGUGCUCUGGGCCUUCGGGCACGGCUUGUCCUACUCCAACGUCACCUACGCCGACGUUUCGGUCGUACCGGAGACCGCGUCCGCCGCGACGGACGAGGUCCUCGUGCGCUUCACGCUCGCGCACGCGGGCGGCCCGCCGGUCGUCGAGGUCCCGCAGGUCUACGUCCGGGACGUCGUCUCGUCGGUGACGACGCCCCUCCGGAGCCUCAAGGCGUUCGCGCGCGUCGACCUGGCGCCGGGCGAGACGCGGCGGGUCGAGCUCGCGAUCUCGCUCGACGAGCUGCGGGUGCUCGACCGCACGAUGGCCUGGGUCCUCGAGCCGGGGACCUUCGAGGUCUACGUCGGCCCCGCGAGCGACGACACGCCGCUGAGCGCGUCCUUCGACGUG